UGCAGCAUAGGUAAACAAACAGGAGAGAGGAGGAGAGGAAACGAGCAGCAGCAGGCACUUUGCUGGCUCUGGGCUACAUCGGGGGAAAUUUUAUAUUGUUUUUAUCCGAUUUUGUACAAAUUUAAUAUCGUGUUUCCUAGACACUUUUUAAUACUUUGGUACACUGGUUUUGACAUUUUCUAACAAGGAAACCUGGCAAGGAUUGGCUGUAGCUUGCCUGCUUGGAAAAACUGUUUCCCCCUCUCCUUUCGACAAAGGCUGCUGAUGAGCCAGCGAAGACACUGUACAAGAUAAUAACACGACGUGUUUGAAGUAUCACUCAGUGUAAUAACAAUAGAUGUACUGUAUUUAAAAGAGACCUGUCGCUGCUGCUGUUCGCGAAGCUAACGUUACCUGAAGAGAGCCUAGCUUACGUUAACGGCAGCCAGCCUCAGGAAAAAAUGACGUCUGUUCAGCUAAAUAUCCAACGGUUAUUGGAAGCUGCGGAAUACCUAGAAAGGAGAGACAGAGAGUGUGAACACGGAUAUGCUUCGACAUUUCCAUCAAGUCAGAACACAAACUACCAGAGGCAAAGGAAAUUUCGAAAUAAGAAGUUCAGUAGUAACCACAAUAGGUCCACACAUAAUGAGCUGGAGAAGAAUAGACGAGCUCACCUGCGGCUGUGUCUCGAGAGGUUGAAGGCCCUCAUACCCCUGGGACCCGACUGCAACCGCCACACCACCCUGGGCCUGCUCAACAAAGCCAAAGCACACAUAAAGAAACUUGAAGAGGCAGACAGGAAGAGCCAGUACCAGCUGGAGUCUCUGGAGCGAGAGCAGAGGCACCUCCAGCGUCAGCUGGAGCUGCUGAGGGGAGGCAGCGGCGCUGCAGCCCAGAGCAGUCCAGGGGAGGGGGAGAGGAUACGCAUGGACAGCGUGGGCUCCACCCUCUGCUCCAACCGUUCUGACUCUGACCAAGAGGAGAUCGAGGUGGACGUGGAAAGCACGGAGUUCUCCCAUGGAGAGCUGGACAGUGUGAGCACAGCCAGCACCAGCGACCUGGACGACCACAGCAGCUUGCAGAGCAUGGCCAGCGACGAGGGCUACUCCUCCUGCAGUGUCAAACUUGCCUUCUCCUCCUAGAGCCCCACACCACUACCGCCACCACCACCUCCCAGCCAAACCCGCCUGCCCUCCCAUGCGUCUAUCCAACCAGCCAUGCCUACGUACGUACACCCAGUCGCCUCCGACGACGGCCACGCCCCC